AGAAGCCAAACGAUGAAGCCAAGAGCUGCUGAUCAAGUUGUGGAUUCUUCUUCUUCUUCAAUGAUUAGGAACGAAUUGAAUCCAGCAUUCAAGGCGCGUGGAGAUCACAAAGAAUAUCUGAUGAUGGUCAAAGAGGUAUGCAAUAGACAUGAUCGUUCUGGACUGGCUUAUCGUGUUCAAGCUUCGGUGUACUUGUAUAUCGCGUCCAAACUCGACGACGACGACAGUACCAGCAGAUUCGAGAAAGAAGCAGCGAUGGGGAAUGCAAUUGAGUUGGCUAAGCGAGCAGUCUCACUGUCAAAGAAUUCGUUUCUGUUCGCUCUUCUCUACGCAAGAAUUCUUUACGCUACUGAAUAAUAUGAGGAAGUUGUAGUAGAGUGUGAAAGGGCAUUGGCCAUUGAAGAUCCAAUUGAUCCGCUCAAUGAUACUGUACGAGGAGAGGGUUCUUGCUGGACAAGUGCUGAAGAACGACUAGAAUAUUCCAGGAAGGAGUUUCAGAAACUUAUAGCCAACUCAAAGACUGAUUCUGAGAAGAAGAAGAAGAUUAAGCAGGAAGAGGGAAUAUUCAGUUUAGGUAGUACUUCACUUGAUGGAAAUAAAAUUGACGAAGGAAUUGCUUAUAUUGGGGAAUCAUCUGGUCAUGAUAAUCGGUAUCCAUAUGAGGAUACAAUUCAAAAGAAAAUGGAUUGGCUCUCUACACAGCGUAGUAAAAUCGAUGCUUUGAUCUUGGAGGGAAUUGCUGAUAUGAGGCAGCUAAAGAAUGAACUUGCUCAAGCAUCUGCUCAUGACUAUCGGUCCAUUAUGUUGCCCGUGUUGAGUACAUUUGGCCAGGCAAUAAUGGAAGAUCUUGUGGCCAGAGAUGCAUUUGAGAAGGCAAAGGCUGGAGGAGAAGCACUUUUAGCAGAGCUUACAACACUUGAUACAGAGAAGAAUAAUAAAGGUGGCAAUCCAACAAAACAUACACAGGAGAAGGUUAGAGAACAAGCUAUAUUAAAACAAUGGAAGGAACUUGAGCAUAUAAUUAAGGUUGAAGCAGAGCUCAAAGACGCUUUUGAGUAUCUCAGCCAACAGAAGCAGCUUGCGGAGAAUAUAAAUGGAAGUGGAAAUAUAACAGCAAAGGAGCAGAGACCUCAACAACUAGCACUUUGACAGGGCCUAUUGUUACCUCAGAACAUAGUAGUGGUGGUGGUACCAGAAUAGAUAAAGCUUUAGAAUUGGAUUGCUAUUUUCCAUAUAUAAUUUUUUUGUAUAGUUCUGUUGUUGCAAACUUUUUACCAAACUAUGGUUUGUAAUGUGAAGGUUUCCAUACUCCAAGGACUCCUGAGUAUAGUGCUUUGCCAUCUGUUCAACAGACUGGUCUUCAAGAGACGUCACAAGCACAGGAGAACUUCCCCUCCACAGUUAAGAAAAUAAUGGAUCAAAAGGUUUCCUCUAAAGAAGAUGUCGGGGUCAUAUCAGAUGAUGCUAGAGCCAAAGGUAUGAAUCCAUUAGAUGUAUCUCAUCAGGACUGACAAUUUCCCUUCUCUCCUAUCUUCCUUCAACCAAAGUAUUUCUUUUAUUUUUAACUCAAAAUCUUUCACCUAACUUGUACACAACAUUGAAAUUACUAGAUUUUUCUCUAUAAUGCAACAAAUAAUUGAUAAGGAAACUAUCUGAACUAGUAGUCAAAAUACACAACAAUACAUACACAUUUAUCUCCUUCAAAAGUAGAACAAGUUCUUGUGAUGUUCUGAAUUUUUAAAAUGUAUUUAAUUAGUACAAUGGACUGAGUUUUACCUAAAUUAAAUUCUAAUUGUUAAUAAUCUUUGAUUAAUAUAGAAAUGAAAAUAUAAGAGGUUGAUGGUUAAAUGUGAAUUAUUAUUAAAAAAUAAAAAUAAAAGAGGGUCAAAGCAUGGAGCGACAUGUGUCCACUCCAUUCAAGAAAACAUGUGGAUGUAAAUACAUACACGUGGCUGAAUAAAACAAAGAACGAAAGGAAAAAAAAAUAAAAAAGAAGAAGAAGAAGAAGAAGAAGAAGAAGAAGAAAAUAAUAUGGUUAAAACCUUGCCAUAUGUCAUUGACAAGCAUUUGAGGUGAACAAGUAUGGAUAUGAGUAUAUACACGUGUGGUGCAUCCCCAGGCUAUAUGUACAUUUAUAUGCAUAAGUGAAUGAGGAGCAAGGGGAAGGCUUCUCAAGGAAGUUUUAUCAGAUAAGAUAUAAUAGCUCUGGCUGUUGCUAGAGAGAGAGAAUUCUAUUGGGAUUUCGCAGGACAACUCUAAAGGUAGGGAAUUUCCAACUUUUACUCACUUGGGCUUGUUUUCUCUUCCUGCGAAAAUGGGUUUGAUUAACUUUAAAAUCUGUCUCUAUUUUCUGAUAUCUUCCUUUCAUUUCUACUAAAUGAGUUUGAAAGCGCUAUUAUUUGUGGUUUUGCACUUGAACACUUUCUAUUAUCAGUUUUAAAAGUAUGAUAAUCUCCAGAAGCUUUUUAUAAAUUGUUAUGCACCUACUCUCCAUGCUUUAACAGUUUAACUCUUGUUAACUUGUGAAAAUUACCUAUGGUACUCUGCUGCUGGAUCUUUGAAUUGGGAUUGUAAUAUGAAAACUCUUGAAUUGCCAUGGGUUUUGUUAAAAGUGUAAGCUCAAUCUUAGAGAGAGAAGAAUUGAUUAUGUAUUAUUAUUAUUCAAAGGAUGAUUACAAUGUAUAUAAUGUUCUCAAGAACAUAAAAUAAGGAAAGCAAUGAUUAUGGAAAGCAGUGAUUAUGCCCCUAAUUAAGGAAUAACUAAUCAUGCCCCUAAUUAAGGAAUGGUUGACUAUGAGUUGUAUUCUUGACAAUUCAACUCAAGCUAGAGAGUAGAUGUCAACAACUCCCAACUUGCUGCAGAUAGAAUCGAAUGCAUGCUUUGGAAGAGCCUUAGUAAUUAUACCUGAUUAUAAGAACAAAGUCACAAUUACUUUAGAGGUCACCUUAGAUCGAAUGCAAUGACAAUCAACCUCAUUAUGUCUGGUUUGCCCAUGGAAAUCCUGGUUACUAGUGUUAUGACACGCGCAACAGAAGAAGCGUGAACCAAUUACCAUAACGCGAACCAGGCAAGUGCGACCAGCUGCACUCUGCAGAACAUCAUGUGCCGAGAAAGUCAUACCGGUUGGACUCUUCUGAAUUCCAGUCCGCAGCAACAAGAACAUAUGCAACCGCAUAGAAGAUCCAACCACAAAACAUUACACAACACAAAAUAUAUGUGGUUAACCCAAACUCUAGGCUACGCCCACGGAUGAGGAGAUAUUACAAUUUGUAGAGAAUUACCUGCAUGAAAUAACUUGUACACUCACUCUCACCUAGAGCCUUUCCUGUGUAACUGUCUGCCUGGGCAGAGGUCGAGAUACUCAAGCAUUACACUAUGUACUGUGAGACGCCCUUUCACUACGACACACCCUCUCAUCUUCAGUGUCCACUAUACCAAACCUAACUCUCUCCACCCAUUAACACAUAACUCACUCCCUCGUGAUGUUGCCCUUAUGGGCUACAUGUCUCUCCACUCCUACCCCUCAACAAUACCCUAGGUAUCUAUUUAUAGAGUUCCAUAUCUAAUUCCUUGGUGGACAAGGAUUACAAUUCCUUAGUGACCAAAACUUGCCUUACAUAAGGACUCCUUAGAGGCCAAGACUUGCCUUACAAGAAAUUACCAUAAUAAAAUAACUCUAAAAUGGAAACCAACUAUAAUAGACACCUAGGGUAAUGUUUUAAUUCUCUUUCUUGUUUCCUUAUUUUCUCAUGUUCUGGGCCGGAACAGGUUUUGGGGCAUGACAAAUUUUGGUAUCAGAGCCUAGUUAGUAGUUUCUUUGGCAGUUUAGGUGCACUGGAGAUACGAUAUGUAUUCGAGGAUAAAAUUGAUUACUUCUUUAAGAACAAAUCCUUCACGGGUAGUGUUUUUUUUUAAUUACGGGAAUGGGGGACUCAAACACGGGCACAUCCGCUCGGGGAGCUAGCCGCUCUACCAACUUGGCCACUGGGCAAUGCCCUUCAUAGGCAGGGUUACAUAUUGGAACUUGAAACCUACUUCGCAAUUUAAGAAUGCAAUAGAAAUUGCAUGUUCAAGGAGUGAAGGUCAACUUUUCUGUUUGAUUGAGGUCAUGGAAAGAGUUACACGAUUAUUUAAUUUGCUCAUCUAUAACAAUCAAUUACAAAGGAAUAUCACGAGUAGAUAAUGAAGACAAUGGGGUAAAUGCCAGGUCUAAGUAAAUAGAUGAGCAAAGACUUGUUCUAAAUUCCUAGGCUGUAAAACAGUUGCAACAUUCUAGUAUAUUAGAACAUGAGGGUUAGACUUGUUUGAAAUUUGAUAAGUUUAUAUUCAAACUUAAUGAUGUGCUUCGUUAGAAGUUUAUAUUCGUGCCAGGAAAUGACACCUACCUGUGGAUUUAAAUAUGGUGGGACAUAGUUGAAUAUUAAUUUGAAGUCUAGACAUAUAUAUUAUUGAAUGAUGAAUCUAGGGUCUUGGGAAAUAAUUGGUUUGCCUAUAAGGAAGGUGAUUUGGGGCUAAUGGAUCUUAUUCCAUGGAACCAGUCUGCAAUAGCUAAACACUUGGUGGGAAUUUCUCCAAUCUCUUUAAGCUGCUUAGUUUAGAAGCAACUAAUUUAAAGACAUGAAUUUUCGGUCUUUUAGUCUCUUAUCAAUAAAUUGACUUUUGGCUGAUCUACACUAUUUGGAAGGAAGAAACUUGAUAAAUUUCCAAAAUGAUUGUAAACAUGUCAUGACUUUGAAAUAGAAGUUAUGGAUUUGAUUUGACACAAAGCUUUUUUUAAAAUAAAGUUUAAGAAGUCCCAAUCAAUUUUGUGGUAGUUAAAGAGUGAAAAUCUCCAAGAGUCAAAUUUGGAAGAGUGUUACUCAUUUAGAUGACAAAAGAUAAAGUUUCUAUUGGUGAUUUUACUGUGUUAUUUACAUAUGGAAAUUCAAUCAGCUAAAGCAGACAAGAGUUCUUCAGCUAUUGAUUCCAAAAAAAAUUUGAUUUAGCAUUUAUAGUAGUUGAUCAUGUUUUGUCCUCGACUUGCAUAUAGUAAGGGAAUCAGUAGAGUCUUAUGAUAAUUCAUAUCGUAGUGUUGAAAUAUAUUAUAUAUAUAUAUGUAUAUAUAUAUAUAUAUAUAUAUAUGUAUAUUGUAGUGGUUGAGUGGCCACUUAAUAUAUAUUUCAACACGUAGGAUUGAGUGUCUUUAGUGAGAAAUUGCAUGCUGAAGAAUCUCAACUCAGUAGAGGUUUAUCCUUGGCAUAAACUCCAUUUCGUUUUACUAAUUCAGUUUAGUAGACUUGGUAAUGUCUAUGAACUGCCUGCUCUAAUGUCCUUUUUGUAAUAAAAUUCUAAAACUAUUGCAUUUGCCUUUGGUGUCGCUUUUCUCUGCUCCUUAAUCUUGACUGGCUUAGUGAUGAUUUUAAAUCCAUUAUUCCCUUUGAAGUGUAGAGGUUUCUAUUGAAAAAGAGAGUGAAGCUUACUAACUUGUUGAAGACGUAUAACGCAGUUACAUUCAUUGUAUCCUUAAUUAAAUGCUUUCUCAAACUAUGAGAGUACUUUUAUGUUUCGCUAGAUAAAGAAGCCUAACUUGUUCAAAUAACGGUAGAGAGAACUUGAUGGUGCAUAAACGUGUUUAUAUUGAUUAGGUAGAGGAGAACUUGUUCUAUUUUUGAAGGUGCGUAAACGUGUAUAUAUUGUUGUGCAUAUUGACAUCUUGUUCACAUAGUAUCCUUAACAAUUACUUGUUGCAUUGUAAAGGAGUAUCCUAGUAAAAUUUUAACGUUGUGCAUAAGUCAAGCAAAAGAAUUGUGUUGAUCACGGAAGGAAGAUAGACAAGAAGGGAAAUUAUCAGUGAUUUGGCUUUUGACUAUAAGAUGAUUGCAAUAAAUUAAAAUUUUGAGGACGAAAUCUAUUUUAAGGGUAGUAGAAUGUGAUGUGUUGAAUUUCUAAAUAAUGUAUUUAAUUAGUAUUGUGGACAGAGCGUUACCUAAAUUAAAUUCUAAUUGUUAAUAUUCUUUGAUUAAUAUAGAAAGGAACAUAUAAGGGGAUGAUGGUUAAAUAUGAACUAUUAUAAAAAAAAAAAAAAUGUAAAUAAAUAAAAUUGGGUUAAAGCAUGGAGUGACAUGUGUCCACUCCAUUCAAGAAAACAAGUGGAUAACACUUGUGACUGGCAAAACAAAGAAAGAAAGAAGAAAGAACAUGGUUAAAAGCCUUCCCAUAUGUCAUGGACAUGCAUUUGAAGUGAAUGAGUAUGGACAUGAUUGUAUAUAUAUACUUGUUGCUAAAUGGGUUUUUUUUAUAAACAUAGAAAGAGGAGAGAGAGGGGGAAGGGAGUUUUAUUAGACAUAAGAUAUUUAAUAGAAGAACAUGUGAUAAUUCUAUUGGGACAAUUUUAAAGGUUGUGAAAAUGGGUUUGAUUAACUUUAAAAUCUGUCUUUAUUUUCUGAUUUCUUCAUUUCAUGCCUUGAAAGCAUAUGAUUAUUUGUGGAUCUGCACUUGGAACACUUUCUAUAGCGAGUUUUGAAAGUAUGAUAAUCUGCAGAAACUUGUUUUAAAUUGUUAUGCACCUAUUAUCCAAUUUUAACACUUCAUUUAUUGUUAAAUUGUGUAAAUGUCUCACCCUUCUACAUUUUCAGGUAAUGAUACCCCUCCGAGGGGACCAAAUGUAGAUGCUUAAUGAAGAAUGUGGGAACUUGCCAUGGAUUGAUUGCCUUGUUAUUAUAUACUACCCUUCAGAAGAAUGUUUUUUUGAUGAAUGUUGUUUGGCAUUUCCAUAUUGAAAUAACCUGGGAAAUGAAUAGUGCUUGUUUGUAAACCUGUAAAUGCAUGGAACUUGCAUGAUAAAUGACCUAUAUUUUGUACGUAUGGAAAACUUGUGUAUUGCAUUUGCAAUGCAAGCAGCCAAGGUCGGCUAUAAAUCACGUAUUUGACAAGAAUUGUACAAGUAGCUGGAACAUGUUAGCUUUCAUUUCCUAUGCUUGAAGAUGGGGAGGUUGGUUCAUUUUAUUGGCAUUUAAAAGUUGGGAUGAAAUAAUUGAUAUGCUGCUUAUAUUCCCUUAAUUUUAGAGGAUAAAACAGGUUGUGUACCCCCAUUGACAUGUUGAACGAUGUUCAUAAACAUUUUCCUGUGUGCGGUUGAUAUUUAUAAUUAAUUAAUUUAGGAGACUUGUAUGGUUAGAAAGGUACAUGUUCAUAAUCUGACUUGUGUGUCUUAACUUGAGUUGUACAUUGAAUUUUCAGAUGAUUUCAAUUGGGUUUGAAACUAGACUUAUUAUUGUAUGUUGCCCAUUUAAAAUUUCAGGUCAUUUGGACUUGUGAUUUGAGAGAAACAGUGAUUUGAAUGCAGCACAUGAAGCCAGAAACAUCAUAAUGCAUUGUUAAUAAAGCAAUUCACACUUAUACUUUU